AUGGCAAAUCCUACAUUCUGCAUUUGGAACCUGUUUCCACUCCUUACUCCCGAACCCCUCAAACUACAGAACGCGUGGUUCACCAUGGGGAAAUUUGCAAACCCAGCCGCCAAGCUCUCCUUCGAACACGAGUUCGUUCAAAUCAUUGACGGCAAACCAAGUGCUACUGAGCGAACUCGUCAUGGCGUCAACCCUGCAAACCUCGAGCAGAAGCCGGAAGUUCCAGUAGCUUCAAGCAAUGAUGUGGACCGGGCCGUCGCCGCUGCCCAAGUCGCGUUCAAGAGCUGGUCGAAGGUACCUUACAGCGAAAGACGGAAAGCUAUAUUGGCAUAUGCAGACGCCAUUGACGAACUGAGGAGCCAAUUCCGGGACCUUCUCAUAUCGGAACAAGGCAAGCCAAUUCCCCAGGCAGACGUGGAGACCGAUUGUGCAAUCAGCUGGAUCAGAGGCAUGGCCGAUAUUCAGCUGCCUGAAGAUGUGGUUGAAGACAACGAGACUCGUACCAUCAUCACGAGAUACACCCCACUCGGUGUUGUUGGCGCCAUCAUCCCUUGGAACUUCCCACUUCUACUGGCCACCGGGAAGAUUGCGCCAGCCCUACUCACAGGGAACGUAAUCAUCGUCAAGCCAUCUCCUUUCACACCUUAUUGUGGACUCAAGCUCGUGGAGCUGGCCCAGCAGUUCUUCCCGCCGGGCGUGGUCCAGUCCUUGAGCGGCGAUGACGACCUUGGCCCAUGGCUCACUAGCCACCCGGGAAUUGAUAAGAUCAGUUUCACCGGCUCCACGACGACUGGAAAGCUAGUCAUGCAGAGUGCGAGCAAGACUCUGAAACGAGUGACCCUUGAGCUCGGCGGAAAUGACCCGGCGAUUGUCUUUCCUGAUGUCGAUGUCGACAAGGUUGCCGAAAAGGUGGCUUUCUUCGCCUUUUUGAAUUCCGGCCAGAUCUGUCUGAACCUGAAGCGAAUCUACGUCCACGAAGCAAUCUUUGACCAGUUCAAAGAGUCGUUGGUCAAGCACGUCAAAGGCUAUAACCUCGGAGAUGGCUCCCAACAGGGUGUCACGCACGGCCCGCUCCAGAACUCCAUGCAGUACGAAAGAGUCAAGACUUUCUUCAGCGAUAUCAAAUCUCAAGGCUGGAAAGUAGCGGUCGGGGGAGAUAUCAACACGUCUCAGGGGUAUUUCAUCACCCCGACAAUCAUCGACCGCCCUCCCGAGAAGUCCCGUAUUGUGGUUGAGGAACCCUUCGGACCCAUCGUUCCUCUCCUCUCUUGGAAAGAUGAGGAUGAGGUUAUCGACCGUGCAAACGACACUGCCAUGGGAUUGGGUGCGUCGGUCUGGACGAACGACCUAGAGAAGGCGGCUCGAAUCGCCAAACAGAUACAGGCUGGCAAUGUGUGGAUCAACACCCAUUUUGAUCUAUCUCCCUUGGCGCCUUUUGCUGGUCACAAAGAGAGUGGAAUUGGGGUAGAAUGGGGUGCGAAUGGCCUGAAGGGAUUUUGCAACGUGCAAACUUUGUUCUUGAACAAGCAUAUCGUGAGCUGA